UCAAGAUAAUUUUUCAGGCGGCAAAGCUUUCAAAAAAGGACAGCAUUGAGCAUAGGGUCACAACCAAAACUUGGGAGUUAACGUUGCACAAGCACUGAAUGGCACGCCUGAAUGUUGACAAGGGGAAAUAUCUUUUUAACCUUUUUUUUCUGUCUAGUUUACAUCCCACAAGACAAAGCUACUGGGAACUUUAUUGCCAACCAAUGGAGAGAGACCUUUGUCGGGCUAGACUCCCAAAUGUAUUAGUUACUUCUUUUAAAAGUUUGAUUCGUUUGUUUCACAAUACAGUGAGCAGAAUAUAAAAGCAAAUAGCACAGCCUGACUCCCUGUUGGGCAGGCGUGGUGUCAACACCGGAGGCCAGCUGGGCUGUUUGCGCAGCUCCUGACAAUCAGCAAAGGCGUCCAGUUAUGGGGCUUCGCCUCUCCGGAGAGCCUAAAAGCAGAGCGGGUCCGCAGGUCCUUAUUUUAUUAUUAUGGUUGCAUGCACAAGCAGCCUCAACCAAUCAGAGCAAUGUUGCAUAUUCAUGAAUUCUCUUUAGCCAAUGAAACAGCGAGCACCAAAAACACACACCCUGAGGCUGAAAGAAAUAAAGAAACUCCGGUGGGCGAAACUUUUCUCUCGCCUUCGAGCGAGGCGCUGGAGCGGCUCAUGGGAUUCUCAUGGCGUUUAACCCGUUGCGCCAGAGUCCGCCCCGCAAGCGCGCGAGGUGAGGAGGGCGCAGCAGCGUCAGCCGGAUCCCGUUGCCCGCACCUCUGCCUAGCCGCGUCUGAACGAGCUGGUGGGGGAGGCAAGAGUUUUGACUGCCCAAGGAGCUCCAUGCGUUGGCUAUGGAGAAAGGGGCGCCCUUGGGACUGUCUCGCCUGUGCGUGCUGUGGACUGCGGUGCUGUGGGAAAUCUGCCGCUGCGGCGCCCACGCCAACUGGAUGUGGCUGGGUAUUGCCUCCUUUGGUGUCCCAGAGAAAUUGGGUUGUGGUAACCUGCCGCUGAAUGGUCACCAAAAGGACCUGUGCAAGAAGAAGCCCUACCUCCUGCACAGCAUCCGAGAAGGAGCACACUUGGGCAUCCGUGAAUGCCAGAGCCAAUUCAGACAUGAGCGGUGGAACUGUCUACUCUCUCCGGAUACAGUACCUGCACUUUCCACUAAUCCUUCAUCCAUCUCCGCCUCUCCUGCUUUCUCCGUCUUUGGCUAUGAGUUGAGCAGCGGUACCAAAGAAACAGCAUUUAUCUAUGCUGUGAUGGCAGCUGGCCUAGUGCACUCAAUGACACAUUUAUGCAGCACAGGGAACCUGACUGACUGCGCCUGUGAUUCCAUGUUACAAAACAGUGGCUCAGCCAGAGAAGGCUGGCACUGGGGUGGAUGUUCUGAUGAUAUCCAGUAUGGAAUGUGGUUGAGCAGAAAGUUCUUAGAUGGUCCAACAAAAAACAUCUCCAGAAAAGAUAGAAAUGGAUUGAUGGUCAUGAAUCUGCAUAAUAAUGAAGCAGGAAGACUGGCAGUAGCAAAACUGAUGUCCAUCGACUGCCGCUGUCACGGCGUAUCUGGUUCUUGUGCUCUGAAAACUUGCUGGAGAACCAUGUCACCCUUUGCAAAAGUUGGCAGUUUUUUAAAAGAAAAGUAUGAGAACAGUAUCCAGAUUUCUGACAGACUAAGACGAAAAAUACGCAGGAAAGAAAAAAGCCAGCGGAGCAUCCCAAUCCAGAAAGAAGAUCUGCUCUAUAUCAACAGAUCACCCAACUACUGUAUGGAAGAUCGCAAACUGGGGGUCUCUGGGACACAAGGGAGGGAAUGCAAUCGCACAUCAGUUGGACCGGAUGGAUGCAACCUCCUCUGCUGUGGCCGUGGAUAUAACACACAAGUGGUCAGGCAUGUGGAGAGAUGUGAGUGCAAAUUUGUUUGGUGUUGCUAUGUACACUGCAGAAGAUGUGAGACUGUGACUGACGUUCAUACUUGCAAAUGAAAGUAAUUGCCUCAAAUACCUUUCAUGGAUCAAGCGAAAGAAAAAUGAACAUCUUCUCUGGAGUCCAAGGUUGAAAGCUUUUUGUUUUUGUGGAAAAAGCAACUUGGAAGAAAUAGCAACAAAUCACCUGGGAACUUGUAUUUCAUGAGGAAUUUGCAUACUUGGAUGGUGCAUUUGUGUAAUUCAGUCUACAAUGGCUAUGGAUUUUCAGUGUUUCAGUCACAUGCAGUGCUUUAAUGAAUUUAAUGGCUAAACAAAUCAGACUAGCUUAGAUUUAACAUUUAACAUUUUAACAUAGAAGUUAAAAUAAUAUACUCUUUAAGGCAUCUUGCUCUCCUGUAUUGAGAACAUUCUGUUUAUAAAAUAGCGAUAAAAUCAUUUGCACAGCAAUUUGUAGUUGGGAAUGACACUGAGGUUCAAGCAUCCAAGACACAAAGCACCCAAGACUUGGUUAACCAAUCACAACCCAAAAAUUGGCUGGGUAGGUUUCAGGAUAGAUUUUCUAUAGGUAGUCCUUGACUUAUGACUGGUGACUUAGCAACCACUGGCAGUUACAGUGGAUCCUGCAAAAGGGACUUACGACCUGGAGUCUUAUGUAUGACCUCCUUCCUGCAGUCCUGUGACUACAUUUUGGAUGUUUAGCAACCAGCUACAUUUACAGCCAUUUGCAGCAUCCCAUGAUCAACAUGUUUUUUCUUCCAGUAACACCCAUUUUCUUUUAGUUUACAGCAAAAAAUGCCCCAUAGUGAACAAUUGGUUGCUUAAUAACUGUGGUGUUCACUCAAUGACCAUGGCGUUCCCUUUACAACUGCUGCAUUCACUUAACAACUUCACAAAAGAAGUAAUAAAAUCAAGCAGUUAUGUGAUGACCUGCUUUAUGAUUAUCACAACUUGCAAUAAAAAUCAGUCUCAAUUAGUGUCCUAAAUCGAGAGCUAGUGUCAUUGGUACAGUCAUCAGCAUUAGCGAACAAGCCUGUUGAUGCAGCUGAUAUGCUGUUAAACGUGUAUUCCUGUGUUUUCAAUUCUAUUCCAGUGUUCUAAUUUUUCAUUUAAGGCAGAGAAACAGAAUGAGGGGUCCUUGGUGCUCUCUGAGCUUGGUUGUUUUCUCGCAGAAGUUUCAUUAGCCAAACUGGGUAACUUCAUUAGUCUUAUCACUGAUCGGUCCUAGUACUGAUGAUGUUACCUAGUUUGGGUAAUGAAACAUCUGGAAGAAAGCAUCCAAGCACAGAGAGCCUGAGGACCUCUCAUUUCAACGCUGAACUACAAAUAUUCUAUCAGAGAAAGAGAAUUGUGUAUUUGUCGCAAUUGUACAGUAGUAUUCAAAUACUGUAGUAUCUUUCUGUUUUCCCUUGAGGCUUCUUGAUUAGGUCUACAUUGCGAUGCAUUUCAGAGAAGUCUCAUUUAAAAAAAGAAAAUAGGUGUGACGCUGAUUUGUAAAGAUACUGUAGUGUACCAUGAAAUAAAUAAUAUACCUGUUGAAGACCCCUUGCAUAUGGGAUGAAUACAAGUCACCUAUGAAGGCAAUUGCAGAUUGCACAGCUGCCUACAUAGCUUUAUCAGAAUGGUACUUUAUUCUUAUAUAUUCUUAUAAACUGUGUUCUUAAACUUAUAAACAUGCCAGUUGCCAAGUGUCCAAAUUUUGAUCAUGUGGUCAUGGGGAUGCUGCAAUGAGAAUAUGAAAAUAGUCAUAUAGCAAUAGCAAUAGCACUUAGACUUAUAUACUGCUUCAUAGUGAUUUAGAGCCCUCUAAGCGGUUUACAGAGUCAGCAUAUUGCCCCCAACAAACUGGGUCCUCAUUUUUACUGAACUCAGAAGGAUGGAAGGCUGAGUCAACUUUGAGUCUAGUGAGAUUCGAACUGCCAAACUGCUGGCAGCCAGUGAUCAGCAGAAAUAGCCUGCAGUACUGCACUCUUAACCACUGUGCCACCGCGGCUCAUUAUUACCAGUACCUUUUUCAGUGCCACUGUAACUUUGGUUACUGAAUGAAUGAUUAAGUCAAGGACUACCUUUAUCAUCUACACACCAAAGGGAAUUAUCUUGGUGCAAGAUAUCAAAGACAGAACCAUUCUUUUGCAUCUAUAUUUCAUAAAUGUCUUCAUUUCCCAUUAUUUACCAGAUUGCUGACAUCAACUACUUUUUGUAGAAAUGGAGAGGAUGCUUGGUAUUGUGUUGGGAUGAAGAGAGUGUUUUCUAGUGUUCUUUUGAAUGUACAUUACAUUCAGGAUAUAGAAUUGCAACUUUAAAUAUUACUCUGGUUGAAUUGGAAGCAAUCAAUUUACAAUUCACUCCCCAAGAUUUUCUUUCAUUGUUUGAAACUUAAUUUUCUGAUACAUAAAGGAGCUCGAUUUCCCCCCCUGGAUAUACAAACUGUUGGCAAGUUGUAACUAGCAAUAUCUGGAAGUCUAUAGGCCCCAUUCUUGGACUACAUCCAUAGAUCUGUUAUAUUUUUUGUGGUUAUGGAAAGUUGUGCAUACAGUGCUUCUCUUAAUUAAUUAUCCAUACCAGGGAUUUCUCUUCCUUUCACAGAUACUGUAGCUACGGAAAUACUCUACUCUUUCAUGCAAAGAUGUUGACUAUUUUUUUAAAAAUUGCCCCCUCGAUCGGAAGGGAACAGUUAUCUGGUUACGAUCUCCUCAAUAGGUUGGUUUGGCUUAGUUUGCUAAGUUUGCCUUUGAAAACUUUUUCCAGUAUCAACAAUAUAAGAAUAAUGAAGGGAUCUGAAGAAUCCUCUAAUUUUAUCCCAAAACAGAAUGUUUAUUAGCUCUCACAAAGCUCACUUCCCAGCCACUGUUUAAUAUAAAAUCGUAAGUGCAAUGGAUUGGCUUAUGGUUCUAUAAACAUUCCAGCAAUACCACACAAUGUAGUCCAAUUCUGCUUGGAUUGGUUCUGCAUGUUCUUGAUUUCAGUGGGUUUGACUCCCAACUAAAUGUACAUCGGAUUGCAUCUACCUUCAUCACAGUCUAUAGAUUAUAGACUUAGUUUCUCCAUUAAAUAUAUUUUCUCAUGAAAUGGUAAGCAACUCAUAAACAUAUUUACAGCUUCAGCUACCUCUUAAGUUUUAUAUAAGAACACUGCCCUGCAAAAUAUAACUUGCAUUCAUAUUAAGGCCUAAGUUCCUUCUACUUAAUGCUCUUCAGCCUCUCAAAAUCUCUCUCAAAAACACAGAAAUAGAUAGAAAAGAUCAAUUCUGUUAAGAUUAUUUACGAAAAGAGAAUUGAGAUUCAAGAGCACCUUUCAAAACACAUUGGGAAUAAUGUAUGUUAUUGUUUCUCUAGGUUAAGAACAAUUUUUGCUGCUAUAUUGAGGUUACCCGAUUUUUGUUUGUUCUCAUUUUGUCAAUAAAAUAUUAACACAUG